AUUUGUGUGGAAACGAACAGGUUAGGUUGCGCGCGAAUCUUAUUUACCUCUCGCUUCCACUUACAUGAAUUUAUAUGUUCAACUCUGUCUUGCAUAUAUGAGAGAGGUCUAUUGGUCAUUCUAUUUUGAACACUCUAACCGGCAGAUGUCCUAACUAUUCAGUUGAUUCUUUUCCCGCUUACAAACUUCCAAAACUGUUGACCCCAAACUACUGUUGACUUAAUUUUGUAUCUUUGACUGUUGUUUAUAUUUUAUGUUGUAUAUAUUGUGAAGUAUCCGUAAAACUUAAGUAUUUUUUCUAUUAACGAUGGCCACAAAGCGAAGGAGAGCAAGUACAACCGCCACGGCAACAAACAGAGCCAAGAGGGUGAAAUUUACACUUGAUAGUGCUAAAAUACCAGAAACUAACGUUGAAGGAGUACUGCUUGUGACUGGAGCCGGCGAGACAGGUCAGCUUGGUCUUGGACCUGAUGUUUUUGAAAAAUUAAGGCCAACUCUUGUAAAUCUCGAACAUGAUAUUGUUGACGCUUGUGGUGGGGCUAUGCAUACAGCUUGUUUGACAAGUGAAGGAAAAGUGCUUACUUUUGGAUGUAAUGAUGAGGGGGCAUUAGGAAGGCCAACAACUGGAGAAGAUGAUGAAUUUGAAGCUGGUGAGGUUGCAUUGCCAGGAAAAGUUAUACAACUCACCACAGGAGAUUCUCACACAGCUGUUUUAUUAAAUGAUGGUAGGGUGUUUGCUUGGGGUACAUUUAGGGAUUCACACGGAAGUAUGGGUUUGACAGUGCGCGGUAAUGAGAAAGAGCCGUAUGAAAUUAUCAAGGAUCACCACAUUGUGAAAAUAGCCUCUGGAUCUGAUCACUUGGUCUUCCUUACCAACCGAGGCGAGGUGUAUACAUGCGGGAAUGCUGAACAAGGUCAGCUCGGACGCACGUCUGAGCGCGGCAGCACAAGAAAUGCCCGCGCCGGUCUUGGUAAGGGGGCAGUAGAAAAAUUACUACAGCCUGCUCCUAUAUCUUUAAAACCCAGUUUAAAGUUACACUUUGACAAUAUAUGGGCUGGUUCUUAUGGUACAUUUUGUAAAGUGGCAGAUAAAGAUGAUAUUUAUGUCUUUGGCUUGAACAAUUAUAACCAAUUAGGCCUUGAUAUUGUGGGACCUCAAUACAUGCCAGUCAUGUCCAAAGACUUUUCCAAAUACAAGUGGAAUAUGAUAACAUGUGCCCAGCAUCACACCAUAGGACUAACAACUGAGGGGAAGGUUAUGGCGAUUGGUCGUAGAGAAUAUGGAAGAUUAGGAUUAGGAGAGAACUGCGAGGAUGCCAAGGAAUUAGUCGAGGUUUCAACGCUAACUGACAAAAAAACUAUAUGCAUCGGAGCAGCGUCUUCUUCAUCCUUUGCAGUGACUGAAGAUGGAGAAUUGUACUCUUGGGGCAUGGGUAACGGAGGAAUCCUGGGUUCGGGUGCUGAAGAUGAUGUAUGUGUGCCCACUCUGGUCAAAAGUAAACAACUAGUUGACCGCAAGGUAUUCCGUGUUAGUGUUGGUGGUCAACACACAGUUAUCCUAGCCGUAACAAAUAACAAUAACAAGACUAAUGGUAAUUAGUGAGUUUUAAAAGACAAAUACAAAAGUUUAGAUUUAGAUUUCAAAUUAUGGAAUUGACAACUUAAUUUAUUCUGAAUAGUGUGAUUGUAAACAAGAGCUCAAUUUUGAAUGUUCUUUGUAAGUUUGUUAAACUUGUUGUCUUUUUACAGUCUAUUGAUGUGAUUACAAUAUUUACUUGACUUGUUCAGCAAUUACACUUCUAAGAAAAUUACACUUGAUUCAAAUGUUUCAUAAUUUAUUAAAAAUGAAUAAAAGUAAAAAUAUAUUUUAUGGUAUGUUAUUAACAAUUUAAAUAAUGGUUUAUUAUUAAGGUUAACCUGCUUUGGACUAGUUAAUUUGUCCUAUGAAUAAAAGGACUUUUAUCCAUAUUGUGUCGAACAAAUGUUUUAUCUAGGUACUGUUGUAUCUUGUUAUAGAUUUGUAUUUUUUUGUAACUGCCAUGAAUGUAUUGAAUUGUAUUUGUUGAGAACAACAUAUGUUAAUUGUGUUUAAAUUGUUUUGCAAUAAUAGUCAUGACAUUAAUAA